AUGGCUGUGAUCCAUGCGGUGAAGGUCAGAGCUGUAGAAAAAGGACAUGCAGCAUCCCGUAACCAUGCCAAGUUGAUAAUGAUUGAAGAGAUGAAAAAAAUCAUAGACUGGUCAGAGAAAAUGUGUCCAGAUGACCUGCUUACCUUGCCAGUCAAAGAUCUCGAAACCUUGAUGUUUCGUGCUGAACAUGCGCUUAUGAGAGCAUUCAUCAGCUCUGCAUUUACGCUAUGGACAAGAUGUUUCGAGUUACUUACGCUCCAGGAGCAAGAUAUUAGAGAGGAUUGCGUCGGGCCAGUGCCAUACUAUAUUCCACACUUCAAAAUCGUCCUCGAAAACAGGAAAGGAUGGCAACACGCGAAAGGAUAUGAAGGUCCACGUACCGAUGUUCACGCAAUCGACAUGAGUACACACCUUCCAAAAUGGCAAGCGUACCUUCAAAAGCUCCAAGAGGUCUUUAUUGUCCUCCACUGA